UGAAACACAAAUUAAAAUGGAAUUUUAAAAUAUUUUCAUGUCCGAAAACGUUGGAAUUCCAAAAUCAUCCAAUGCAGGGGAGAAGCCUCCACCCACCAGCAGUCCCAAAUUAUGGUGAGGAUAUCAAAGAUAUUUCGAUCGAUCAAACGCUCUAACCCUAACCCUGAUCCAUCAAAGUCAUCACCGUCUUCAUCAAGAUCAAGAUCAAGAUCGAGUUUUUCAUGGUUGGUAUAUCUCAUUCUUUCCACCAACACCCCCAUCAAAACCUACGUCGGCGUCACCACCAAUUUCUCUCGCCGUUUGAAACAGCAUAAUGGCGAACUUAAAGGUGGUGCAAAAGCCUCCCGCACAGGAAGGCCAUGGGUUUGUGCAUGCAUCAUUCAAGGAUUUAAGGACAAAAGUGAAGCUUGCCAGUUUGAAUCAAAAUGGAAAAGUUUCUCAAGAAAAUUGCCCCGCAAAAGGAAUGAUACAGUGAGGCAGGUGGACAAUGACUCACUUCUAUUGUUGCAACACAGGCAAGCAGCUCUUAAUAGAGUCAAGGGGUCGCUUGUUUGCGAUCACUUAGAAAUUAACUGGCAGUUGAAUCCUUCUUGAUUUAAGGAGGGGUCAUUUUGUCAGCUACAUUUUUCGUAAUAAUUUUAUACUCUACCUCAACUUGUUAAGUUAGUGAAAAUAAUGAAAAUUGUUGUAUAGUGUGGGAUCACAAUGUGUCCUAAUACCAGCAUGGUCAAUUGUCAAUAGUCCUACAGUACCAUCAAUUUUUGUAUCAAUAAUCAAUGAUGUAGAAUUACAUUAAGUUUAAUAAAAUGACUUACUGCUUCAA